CGCCAGGGUGGCCUAGAGAGGCCACUGCCGGGCGGAAGGGAGCCGAGGCUUCCGGUCCGCCGAGGCGCAAGAUGGCCACGGCUGGGGGCGGCUCCGCGGCUGAGCUGGGAAGUCGGGGUCUUCUGCGCCUGCUGUCUUUCUGCGUCCUCCUGGCAGGUUUGUGUGGGGGAAACUCCGUGGAGAGGAAGAUCUACAUCCCUUUAAAUAAAACAGCUCCCUGCGUCCGUCUGCUCAAUGCCACUCACCAGAUUGGCUGCCACUCUUCCAUUAGCGGGGACACAGGGGUCAUCCACGUAGUGGAGAAAGAAGAGGACCUGCAGUGGGUGCUGACUGAUGGCCCCAACCCCCCUUACAUGGUUCUGCUGGAGGGCACGCUCUUUACCAGGAAGGUGAUGGAGAAGCUGAAGGGGAGCACCAGUCGAAUUGCUGGUCUCGCAGUGUCCUUGGCCAAGCCCAGUCCCGCUGCAGGCUUUUCUCCUAGUGUGCAGUGUCCCAACGAUGGGUUUGGCCUUUACUCCAACUCCUACGGGCCAGAGUUUGCGCACUGCAGAGACAUACAGUGGAACUACCUGGGUGACGGCUUGGCUUAUGAAGACUUUAGUUUCCCCAUCUUCCUUCUUGAAGAUGAAAAUGAAACCAACGUCAUCAAGCAGUGCUAUCGAGAUCACAACCUGAGCCAGAACGGCUCCGCACCCGUCUUCCCGCUCUGUGCCAUGCAGCUCUUCUCACACAUGCACGCGGUCCUCAGCACUGUCACCUGCAUGCGGCGCAGCUCUAUCCAGAGCACCUUCAGCAUCAACCCAGAAAUCGUUUGUGACCCCCUGUCCGACUACAACGUCUGGAGCAUGCUUAAGCCUAUAAAUACAUCCGGGACACUGGAGCCUGAUGACAAGGUUGUGGUUGUGGCCACCCAGCUGGACAGUCGUUCCUUUUUCUGGAAUGUGGCCCCAGGGGCUGAGAGUGCUGUCGCCUCCUUCGUCACCCAGCUGGCUGCAGCUGAAGCUUUGUACAAGGCGCCCGACGUCACCACCCUGCCCCGCAACGUCAUGUUUGUCUUCUUCCAGGGGGAAGCGUUUGACUACAUUGGCAGCUCGAGAAUGGUCUAUGACAUGGAGAGGGGCAAGUUCCCUGUGCAGUUAGAAAACAUCGACUCGUUCGUGGAGCUGAGACAGGUGGCCUUACGAGAGUCACUAGAGCUUUGGAUGCACACAGAUCCCGUGUCUCAGAAAAAUAAGUCCGUCCAGAGCCAGGUGGAGCACCUCCUGACCGCACUGGAGGAGAGUGGUGCCGGCGUUCCUACCGUCGUCCUCCGGAGGCUGAACCAGUCCCAGCCUCUCCCACCAUCUUCUCUGCAGCGAUUUCUUCGAGCUCGAAACAUCUCUGGUGUUGUGCUCACUGACCAUGCUACUGUCUUCCAUAACCGCUACUACCACAGUGUUUACGACACUGCUGAGAACAUUAAUGUGAGCUACCCUGGACAGCAGAGCCCUGAAGAGGACCUGGACUUUGUGACAGACACUGCCAAGGCCCUUGCAGAUGUGGCCACGGUGCUGGGACGUGCGCUGUACCAGCUUGCAGGAGGAACCAACUUCAGGGACACUAUUCAGGCCGAUCCCCACACAGUUACCCGCCUGCUCUAUGGCUUCCUGGUCAGAGCCAACAACUCGUGGUUCCAGUCGAUCCUUCGGCAGGACCUGCGGUCCUACUUGGGUGACCAGGGGCCUCUUCAGCAUUACAUCGCCGUCUCCAGCCCCACCAACACCACCUACGUUGUGCAGUAUGCCUUGGCAAAUUUGACUGGCAAGGUCGUCGACCUUACCCGAGAGCAGUGCCAGGAUCCAAGUAAAGUUCCCAAUGAAAACAAGGAUCUGUAUGAGUACAUGUGGGUUCAGGGCCCCCUGAACUCCAACGGGACAGAGCGGCUCCCCUAUUGUGUGCGUUCCACGGCCCGACUGGUCAGGGCCGUGUCUCCUGCCUUCGAACUCGGGCAGUGGGGCUCCACUGAGUACUCUACCUGGACCGAGAGCCGCUGGAAAGACAUCCGCGCCCGGAUAUUUCUCAUAGCCAGCAAAGAGCUCGAGCUCAUCACCCUGGCCGUGGGCUUUGGCGUCCUUGUCUGCUCUCUCGUCAUCACCUACUGCAUCAAUGCCAAAGCUGAUGUCCUCUUCAUUGCUCCCCGGGAGCCGGGUUCUGUGUCUUUCUGAGGAGAACCCCAGCUUCUGCCAGCUCUGUGGUUCAUUUCCUAGAUCAGUUGUCCUGCUGGGACAGAAACCACUAGUGUGUCACUGGACCCUCCCUGAGCCUGGCUCAGGCUGGGAUGAACAUAAAGAAGUGGAACUUCGAGAAAGAGACAGACAGAAACACAUCCUCCCUCCCCCCACCCUACCCCCAGCUCCCCUUCCAGUCUUCCCUUUCCCGUUUCUUCUUUCUCCCGCCAGAUUCCGGGAUGACAGACAGCAGCUUCUUGCUCCUGUUUAAGUCCUCGCCAUCCACCCUAACUUACCCUUCUUCAGCAUCCCUCCUCUACUCUGUCCACCCUGCCCUGGACCUCCCUCUACUCCCCACCCCACCUGUACCUCUCCACCUUCCUGGCCAGGAAGAAUGGCAAGGGUUGAAUGCCAGGAACAAUACCAGGACGCCCUGAGGAGGAGGACGGGAUCUGUGGGGCGGGUGUGCUGCGGGGUGGGCAUCCCACCUCCAGCCCACAGUGCUCAGUUGUCAUUUUUUUAAGCUGUAAUGUCUGUUUUUGUUUUCUUUUCCUGUGUGUGUGUGUGUGUGUGUGUGUGUGUGUGUGUGUGUGUGGUGUAUGUAAAUAUAUAAAUAAUGGAUUUCAUUAAAAUAGAUUAUCCACACGA